UAAAGUCUCAACAGUGGAGAUUUAAUUCUCACGACUUAACGAUCAGAUUAGCGAAGAAAUCUAUAGAGGAGCGUGGCUCAAUUUAAAAACGAACUCCGGCAACAUCUGAGUAACAGAAGUUCAAGACGAAUGUUAUCUCCUUCGACGCAGCUGUAUCUGAUUCCAUUAAUGUCGGAUGCUCGCAAGCCGCUGUUGGCUAGAAUAUAAUACACGAGUCGGUUUCACGCUGUUCCAGAAUCCAAUUGGACAAUCGAUUCAUUUGAACAACGUAUUGACAACACGACUAAGCCUGUUAGUCAUUGGGUUCAGUGCUUGACAUUCUUGGAACCGUGAUAUUGCCAUUUUGUUCAAGAAUGUGGAAUCCAGUGAAUGUUAAGGAAGAAGAAGAGACAAGACGCAAGACGUGGUAAUACAUCCGGAAUAUAAUAUAUAUAUUUUAUAUACAGGUGUAUAUUUAUAGAUAUAAUACAUGUGUUAUAUCUUUAAAUAUAAUACGCGAUACACUCGAACCGUGAGAAUUUAUGUUAGUAACGUGAAAAAGGGAAACAAGAAAAAGGAAAACUAUUGCUUCUCAAGGGAAUAUAUUUGAAGAAAAAUUACGUAUAUUCAGAACAAGCUUUUCAAAUAGCUUUUUCAGAUCCUAAAAAAUUAUUAGUAGUUAUUUCUAAAUACUCAAUUUUUUAUAACGAUGUGGACAAUACAUUUCUCUAUUAACUAUUGAAUUUUUGAAUAUUUUAAUUUAUUAUUUUUUUCUAAAAAAAAACUUUCCUUUUUUACCACUUUUUCUAGAAAUAAUCUUAAUUAAUAUAAGGUUACUUGUUGGAAUUAUACAAUUAGUCUCAAAACAUAACUUGCUUUUUAAUUGUUUUUAUUGUUAUGCGAUAAACAACAUAGCGACAACGAAAACAACUUUUGAGACAUUUAUAUUAAAUAGAAAAUUUUAAUAAAUUAUUACAAGAUAUUAGAAAUGCUUCACACAAAUAAAAUGGUCAUUUAAGGAAAGAGUUUAAGAAAGAAAAAUUGUAAAAUGAUUGCAAACACUAGAAAACGGAAACGUUCUCUUACAGACAAAAGUGAUAUAGCAUCAAAGAAUCUGCGCAUAGAUUUAAGUACUGAAAAUGAGAAUUUAGAAUUUUGUAGUGAUUUACAAGAAAAAUCUAGACAAAAUAAGUUGUACAUAAAUUAUCAUACUCAACGUGAUAGAUAUCAUUUUUCUAAUCACUUAAUCAAACUUAUGUAUCAAUUAGACUUGUCAGUACUUUACUUGCUUAGAAAGUUUACAUAUGAACAUACAUAUCCUUCAUUAUCAUUAACGUUUGAAGAUUCUGAAAUUGAUAAAUUUAAUAAUAUUGUUCUUUGUCAUGAAAAGAAGUCAAUUCAUAUACAAAUUGAAUAUGUAGACGAAUACUAUAAAAUAAAUAAUAUUAGCUACGACAAAUUAUUUUCUAAAACAGGACACUGCACCUCUUUAAUUAAUAAUUAUUUCAACAUUUUUGCUAAACGUAUGUUUAAAACAGAUAAAUUAACAAACGUGGAAUACCUUAUUAUCUACACUAAUUCAAAAUUGGAUCUUACAAAAGAGAAAACAUUUAAAAUAAGACGAUCUAAAAAUUUUUAUCCUUUUAAAUUUGAUAACAUACAAAUUGAAGGAUGUGAUAUUUUAAAAGAUUUUCUAUUUACAAAUGAUAAUACACAAGAGGAUGGUUUUUAUCGGUUUUCACAAGAUAUAACAACAAGAGAAAAGCUUCUAAAGCAGUUGGAAUUUUUGUCUUGUACGAAGAAAGUAGUACAAGAAAGUAAACUUACUCAGGAAUUUGAAAAAAGAAUAAAAGAAGCAUUUUUAGACAAAUUAGUAUUUGCAGUUAAUCAGCCCAACAGAGAAAAGCUGAGUAGCAUUGUAAAAAUUGAAAUGAAAAAAAGUGAUAAAAAUCAAGACGAUUAUGUAGCACUACAAGAAAGAAUAUUAUGUGACCUAAAAGCUUCAUACAAGAAUAAAAAAUGUGAAUUUGAUGUAUCCGGAAUUAUAUAUCAAUUUAAGUUAUUAAUGGACUUACUUCAUGAUAUAUUUGAGCAUAAAAAUGCAUUUUCCGUAAAGUUGGGAAAAAAUGACAAUAGCAUUAUUAUCUAUCAUCAAAAUAGAACUUCUUACUUAUAUGUUCAUAACGCAGAUACUAAUAUAAACACUAGUCAUUUGUUUUCCUUCAAACAGAAAGAAAAUAUGUUUUGUAUUAAUAAGUAUUUUAGACUAUUUGUUGAAGAAUUUAGUGAGGAUAUAGAAUAUUUGAUUCUCUACACUAAUGCAAAUUUAGAUCUCACAAAAGACAAGAGGUUAAAAGGAAAGCUAUCUAAUGAUUCCUAUCCUUUAAAAUUUGAUAGUGUGAAUAUUUGUGAGGAAAAAUAUAGAGUUUUGAGAUCCAGUUCGUCUAUAAACGAAAAUGAGUUAUAUCAAUUCUCGGAAGAAAUAACACGAGAAAGGAUCAUAAAUAUGUUAGUGCUGCCAUCUUCUUUGCAAAAAGAGAAAGAAGAGGGAAGACUUUCUAAUGAGAAUGAAAGAGAAAAAAAGGAACAGUUUUUAGAUAAAUUGAUAUUUGCUAUUAAUCAACCAGAUGAGAAAAAAUUAAACACUCUUAUUAGAAAUAAGAUAACUAAGUUAAACAAUGACCCAUGCAGCUAUGAAGAAUUACAUGAAAUAGCAUUACGUUGGAUAGAGUCCCAUGAAUUCGGUCCUCUUACACAUGGAAUAAUGAAAAAGUUUCUUGAAAAUAUAAAAAAUAGAAAAUCUUGUUACAAAACAACUCCAAGUAAACAUGUAAAUAAUGAAAUUAAAUUUGCUAGAAUUGUUGUUGGAAGAGCAAGACCAUCUGAAUUUAACAAAUUCUUAGAUUUCUUAGUUAAAAGUGAAGGAUUAAAAUAUCUAACAGUUUUGAAAAGAAACAGAAUAAAUCUAACUAAUGUGUCCAGUAUUCUAAGAAGAGCAGGAGCUCUUGCUGCAAUAGCUUUUAAAGACUUAUAUGAUCUGUGGUUUGAUGAAAAAGAACAUAAAACAAAGUAUUUAAAAUCUCUAGAGGAAGAAGGCAUAAAUCUAGCUAAUGUCUCCAGCAUUAUAAAUACAGUAGGAGCUAAGGCUGCAACAGUUUUCAAAAACUUAUAUGAUCUAUGGUUUGAUAAAAAAGGACAUAAAACGAAAUAUUUAAAAUCACUAGAGGAAGAAGGAAUAAAACUAACUAAUGUAUCCAGUAUUUUAAAUGGAUCAGGCGCUAAGUCUUCUAAAGUAUUCAAAGACUUAUAUGAUCUGUGGUUUGAUGAAGAAGGACAUAAAACAAAAUAUUUAAAAUCUUUAGAAAAAGAGGAAACAAAUCUAGCUAACGUGUCCAGUAUUUUAAGUGGAUCAGGCGUUAAAGCUCCUAAAGCAUUCAAAGAUUUAUAUGAUCUAUGGUUUGAUGAAAAAGGGCAUAAAACGAAAUAUCUCAAAUCUCUAGAGAAAGAGGAAAUAAAUCUUGCUAAUGUAUCCAGUAUUUUAAGUAGAGCAGGACCUAAGGCUGCGACAUCUUUCAAAGACUUAUACGAUCUGUGGUUUGAUGAAGAAGGACAUAAAACAAAAUAUUUAAAAUCUUUAGAGAAAGAGGGAAUAAAUCUAGCUAACGUGUCCGCUAUUUUAAGUGGAUCAGGCGCUAAAUCUCCUAAAGCAUUCAAAGACUUAUAUGAUUUGUGGUUUGAUCAAAAAGGACGUAAAACGAAAUAUCUAAAAUCUCUAGAGAAAGUGGAAAUAAAUCUUGCUAAUGUAUCCAGUAUUUUAAUAGGAGCAGGAGCUAAGGCUGCGACAUCUUUCAAAGACUUAUAUGAUUUGUGGUUUGAUGAAAAAGGACAUAAAACGAAAUAUUUAAAAUCUCUAGAGGAAGAGGAAAUAAGUCUAGUUAAUGUGUCCAGUAUUUUAAGUAGAUCAGGCGCUAAAGCUCCUAAAGCAUUCAAAGACUUAUAUGAUCUGUUGUUUGAUGAAAAAGGAUGUAAAACGAAAUAUGUAAAAUCUCUAGAGAAAGAAGAAAUAAAUCUUGCUAAUGUAUCCAGUAUUUUAAAUGGAGCAGGAGCUAAGGCUACGACAUCUUUCAAAGACUUAUAUGAUUUGUGGUUUGAUGAAAAAGGACAUAAAACGAAAUAUUUAAAAUCUCUAGAGGAAGAGGAAAUAAGUCUAGUUAAUGUGUCCAGUGUUUUAAGUGGAUCAGGUGCUAAAGCUCCUAAAGUAUUCAAAGACUUAUAUGAUCUGUGGUUUGAUAAAAAAGGAUGUAAAACGAAAUAUUUAAAAUCUCUAGAGAAAGUGGAAAUAAAUCUUGCUAAUGUAUCCAGUAUUUUAAAUAGAACAGGAGCUAAGGCUGCGACAUGUUUCAAAGACUUAUAUGAUCUGUGGUUUGAUGAAAAAGGACAUAAAACGAAAUAUUUAAAAUCUCUAGAGGAAGAGGAAAUAAGUUUAGCUAAUGUGUCCAGUAUUUUAAGUGGAUCAGGUGCAAAAGCCCCUAAAGCAUUCAAAGACUUAUAUGAUCUAUGGUUUAAUGAAAAAGGGCAUAAAACGAAAUAUUUAAAAUCUCUAGAGAAAGAGGGAAUAAAUCUAGCUAACGUGUCCGGUAUUUUAAGUGGAUCAGGCGCUAAAGCUCCUAAAGCAUUCAAAGACUUAUAUGAUUUGUGGUUUAAUCAAAAAGGACGUAAAACGAAAUAUCUAAAAUCUCUAGAGAAAGUGGAAAUAAAUCUUGCUAAUGUAUCCAGUAUUUUAAAUAAAGCAGGAGCUAAAGCUGCGACAUGUUUCAAAGACUUAUAUGAUCUGUGGUUUGAUGAAAAAGGACAUAAAACGAAAUAUUUAAAAUCUCUAGAGGAAGAGGAAAUAAGUUUAGCUAACGUGUCCAGUAUUUUAAGUGGAUCAGGCGCUAAGUCUCCUAAAGUAUUCAAAGACUUAUAUGAUUUGUGGUUUGAUGAAGAAGGACAUAAAACAAAAUAUUUAAAAUCUUUAGAAAAAGGGGAAGUAAAUCUAGCUAACGUGUCCAGUAUUUUAAGUGGAUCAGGCGUUAAAGCUCCUAAAGCAUUCAAAGAUUUAUAUGAUCUGUGGUUUGAUGAAAAAGGUCAUAAAACGAAAUAUCUCAAAUCUCUAGAGAAAGAGGAAAUAAAUCUUGCUAAUGUAUCCAGUAUUUUAAGUGGAUCAGCCGCUAAAGCUCCUAUAGCAUUCAAAGAUUUAUAUGAUAUGUGGUUUGAUGAAGAAGGACAUAAAACGAAAUAUUUAAAAUCUCUAGAGAAAGUGGAAAUAAAUCUUGCUAAUGUAUCCAGUAUUUUAAAUAGAGCAGGAGCUAAGGCUGCGACAUGUUUCAAAGACUUAUGUGAUUUGUGGUUUGAUGAAAAAGGACAUAAAACGAAAUAUUUAAAAUCUCUAGAGGAAGAGGAAAUAAGUCUAGCUAACGUGUCCAGUAUUUUAAGUGGAUCAGGCGUUAAAGCUCCUAAAGCAUUCGAAGAUUUAUAUGAUCUGUGGUUUGAUGAAAAAGAGUAUAAAACGAAAUAUCUCAAAUCUCUAGAGAAAGAGGAAAUAAAUCUUGCUAAUGUAUCCAGUAUUUUAAGUAGAGCAGGACCUAAGGCUGCGACAUGUUUCAAAGACUUAUAUGAUCUGUGGUUUGAUGAAAAAGGACAUAAAACGAAAUAUUUAAAAUCUCUAGAGGAAGAGGAAAUAAGUUUAGCUAAUGUGUCCAGUAUUUUAAGUGGAUCAGGCGCUAAAGCUCCUACAGCAUUCAAAGAUUUAUAUGAUAUGUGGUUUGAUGAAGAAGGACAUAAAACGAAAUAUUUAAAAUCUCUAGAGGAAGAGGAAAUAAGUUUAGCUAAUAUGUCCAGUAUUUUAAGUGGAUCAGGCGCUAAAGCCCCUAAAGCAUUCAAAGACUUAUAUGAUCUGUGGUUUGAUCAAAAAGGAUGUAAAACGAAAUAUUUAAAAUCUCUAGAGAAAGGAGAAAUAAAUCUAGCUGAUGUGUCCAGUAUUUUAAGUGGCUCAGGUGCUAAAGCUUCUAAAGAAUUCAAAGACUUAUAUGAUCUAUGGUUUGAUCAACAAGGACGUAAAACGAAAUAUUUAAAAUCUUUAGAGAAUGGAGAAAUAAAUCUAGCUAAUGUGUCGUGCAUUUUAAAUAGGUCAAGUUCUUUAGUAAACCACAGAUUAUAUAAGUCUUUUAGUGUUUCUAAAGCAUUCAAAGACUUAUAUGAUUUGUGGUUUGAUAAAGAAGGGAAUAUUUAACCUUCGGAGGUCACAGUGGGUCAAUUUAACCCUUAUAUAAUUUGCGAAAGUUAAGUACUGUACUUUAUUUUACAUCAAUUCUCAAAUAACUGCUGUUUAAAAAUAGUAUGAUAAUAUUGAAACAAUUCUGAUAUAAAGUAUAAACAUUGUAGAAUGCAUUCUCUUUAUAAAGAAUUAACAAUUAAAAUUACACUUACAUUAUGUUAAAAAGAACUAUGUUAUAAAAUAAUAUUUUGCAAAGUAUAUGUUAAAUGAAGGCUAUUUUGUCCUAGAAGCGACACUUAAGUUAUUUAUUAGAAACUGUUUAUAGUAUCCUCUAAUAGUAUAGAAUUUAACAUUAUAAUUGUUCUUGUUAUGAUUGAUAAAAUUGUUUUUGUAAUGUUAUAGCCAAAUUCUAUUAAUGUUUUCAUAUUCAAAAAUAGUAUUCAAAAAUACGUCCGAAAAAACUAUUCGUAUUCUUUGAAAAGAUAUCGUAUCGAGCAAUUAUAUUGGUGAUUCGCGCGCACAACUAAUAUUUUUUCUUCCAACUAUAUCUAGGAAACAAAAGUUCUCAGCGAAAUGAAACAAAAUGGAUUUUAAAGCUAAAAGUUUGUGCUACCUACACGUAGCAUAAAUGGAAUUUAGAAAAACAUUUUGCUGCGGAUGCUACAACACCAUGAAAACUUUCAAAAUCAUCGUUUUUACCUUUUUGGUGUUAUUUUUUUCAAAAUUGUGACGUUUUAAACAAAUUCCGACAACGAAUUUGUGUUCAGCACGCAAAAAUCUAUAAAAAUCGUGUCGUUUUAUUACAUUCGCAAUAAAAUUAACUACUUUCGCAAGCUAGUGUUAUUUAAAUGAUGGAAAUUUUUGAACACCCUGUAUAUAAUAUAAACCAAAAUCUCAUGUUCUCUGCAUUUACUACUAACCAUUCUGAGCACAUAAAUGCGUAAUUAAUAUUAUUUUAACAGUAUAAUGCUUAAAAAACGAUAUAACUAACUCAGCAUCAAUUCUAAAAUUCGAUAUUUUGUAACUUUCUCUGGACCUGGGGAACAAAUAAUUUUUUUUCUGCUAUUAGAGGGUCCCAUAGUUUCUAAUAAAUGACUUAGGUGUCGGUUCUAGGCCAAAUAUGGCUUUUGUUUAAAACCAUCCUUUAUUUUGAUUCGCCGUAAUUGUUACAUAAAUAAAUGCGAUGAAUGUCGCAUAUCGGACGUAAACAAAAAGAACAUUGGUUUUACGAUUUUCCAUAUAAUAUACAACAACCCUUUUUGCUAAUAAAGGCUUUUCUACUUCUUGUGUAGGAUUAGGCGAUACGCCACUAUCGAAUGACGUGGAUUCUAUCUCGGUCUGAUGCGGAUUAAUAUAAUAAUGUCACAUGUUUUAUUUUAAGUUUGAAUCGGAUAAUUCUAGCAUAUGGCGAUUUUCAAUAUUUAACAUCGUUAAUUAUUCCCAAAUAUGCAAAAUGAAAGAGAACGUUUCUGUUUAUUUCGACCUGUUCCAUCAACCCGUGAGUUGGUAGUUAGAUCAUUACCGGACACUUCAUGUGCGUGUAUAUACAUGUACAUAUAUGUAUAUAUGUAUAAUUAUAUGUUUGAGCAGCGUCUCUAUCUAUACAAGAUAUUUAAAAUUACCAUUAGAUACUGACUUGGUACUAUGAUGAAUUGUACUUCAAAGACAGUUUUCUCCAAAAUUGACGUGUGGAUCGUUUAAACUUUGUGUAACCUUCAAAGGUUAAAAAUUCUAAUAAAAGAAAUAACUCUCUAGCUGUCCAUUUUGUGUGAAGCAACUAAUGCCGCAACAACAUAGAAUUAUGUAAUCCAAUAAAAGUUUACAGAACUUCGAAAAUAGUCUGAAAGCACUGAUUUAUAAAAGUACUGCAUGGAGUACACAUUUACCUUAUUCGGUUUUUCGUUCGUAAGUUAAGGAAUUGUUUUUUUCUCAAUUUCACGCGGCAUUUGCGAAACUAAUUGUAAAUCGGAAUUGCUUAUUUCGAACGUGAAACUAUGUUCAUGGAUUCAAAGUCAGAGUCGCUCACUCCAAGUAGUAUAAUCUUCACGAAUCUAUAAAAUCUGUGUACUUAUUUAUACUUAUAAUAAUAACUAAAUAUUUCGUAUAAAUAUAUUUUUUAAUAUUAAUUAUGUUAAUUAUAUUAAUAUUAAUGUUAUUUACUCAUUUUUACCUUUUUACAUAUGUUUCCAUCGUGUUCAUGAAAAACUAAUUGUACCACGUAAUUCUACAGAUUAAAAAUUAUAAAAAAAAUAUACAAAUUUUAUUUCCCGGUUGGGAACAAAAAUUGGAUUACUUUUACUCAUCCUGCUUUCUCGGUGGGUCCCGAAUCUUUGGGGGACCCAGUGGCUCCCGAUUUUUUUUUUAAUUUUUUAUGUAAGAAAUUAAUAAUCUAAAUGAAGUUUCUUUUUACAUUAUAAAAAUACAAUUCUAUAUCAAAGGAUAAUUAUUCUAGUAUACAUUCAAACAAGUACACAUAUGUGUGUUUAAUGGACACUAAGCUUUAGUUGAAAAAGUUACUUUUCCAAAGAUUAUUCUUGAAAAUUUGAAAGUACAAAAAAAAUUAUAAUCAAAAAACUAAUCUUAAAUAAUACAAUAAUUAUAAGAAUUUUAAUUACACUUAAUUAAUACAAUUAUCUAAAUUUAGCCAUAUUUAAUACAAUUACCUUUUCAAAAAGAGACACCAAAUUUUUAAUAUACAAAAAUUUGGCGUUGCUAGAUACAGAGAAACACUUAAAAGAAUCGAAAUAAGAAAGAAUGCGAUAAAUGUAACCAACAGUUUAAUGUGAGCGAUUCGGCUAGGUAUACGGCUUAGUAUUAAUUGUAUAAGUUUAUAUUGUUAUAUUUAAACGUCUAACAGCACCAAGUUUUUGUACACUAUAAAUUCAUUUUAAUAAAAUUUUUAUGUUUUGUA